AUGAUACAAACUGACAUAAAGGCAAAAAGAAAGAAAAGAAAAGUGGGAAUUAAAGAUACAGUCGGCCCAAUCCUCGGCUUGGUAAGUUCUAAGAUGGCGUCCGUCAUACAUUAUCCUAAAUCUCGGAGAGAUGAAAAUGCGGUAAAUGAUUAUCAUGGCUCGAAGAUUCACGAUCCUUACGUUUGGUUGGAAGACCCAGACUCGGAGGAAACGAAAAGAUUUAUAGAACAGCAAAACGCUAUUACGAUGCCCUAUUUAUCAGCUUGCGAGACGAGAGAAAAUUUCAAGAACAGGUUAACUGAGAUGUGGGACUAUCCAAAGUAUGGUUGUCCAAUUAAAAAAGGAGCAAAGUACUUUUACUUACAUAACUCUGGUCUGCAAAAUCAAAGUGUUUUGUAUGUCCAAGACUCUUUGGAAAGUGAAGCACAAGUAUUUCUUGACCCCAAUAAACUGUCUGAAGAUGGUACUGUGGCAUUGGCUAAAAGAUCUUUCUCUGAUGACGGAGAGUUCUUUGCUUAUUCGUUGUCACAUAAGGGAUCAGAUUGGGUCACCAUAAAGGUACUGAUAGUAUGCUUGCACAAAGAGUUUAUUUACCCUUUCACUUCCACAAGUGAACGAGAGCAAUAUGAGAAGACAAACUCAUACCUAAGCCCAUAUUUUUGGGAUCAGCGUUACCCAACUGGUGACAAAGCAGAUGGAACAGAAACUGACCUAAACCUCAACCAAAAGCUCUAUUACCAUGUUCUUGGAACCAGCCAAUCUGACGAUGUUCUCUGUGCUGAAUUUCCUGAGCAUCCAAAGUGGUCUACAGGUGCAGGAGUUAGCGACUGUGGAAGAUAUCUGAUUUUAACCCCUCAUGAAGGCUCUGCCCCAUUCAAUAGACUCUUUUACUGCGAUCUCAAAUAUCAAGAGGGUAUUACAGGUUUGCUUCCUUUUGUGAAGGUUGUGGACAAUUUUGAUGCACAAUAUGAGUACAUUACCAACGAAGGAACACUGUUCACCUUCAAAACGAAUUUCAAAUCUCCUAGAUACAAGUUGAUUAACAUAGACUUUUCAAAACCAGAAAUGGAAAACUGGACCACUUUGGUUGAAGAGGACGAGAACGACGUCUUAAAAUGGGCUACCUGUGUCAAACAGAACUUUCUGGUACUCUGCUAUCUUCAUGACGUCAAGAGCAUUCUUCGUCUUCACAAAAUCACUGGAGAAAGACUCAUGACCUUCCCACUCGAUAUCGGCAGCAUUGUAGAGCACUUUGGAAAGCGGAAGGAUUCAGAGAUUUUCUACAAGUUUACUUCGUUUCUGACUCCUGAGGUCAUCUAUCGUUGCGAUUUGACGCAGGAAGAUCCCCAACCCAAGGUUUUUCGUGAAACAAACGUGAAAGGGUUUGACUCAAGUCAGUACCAGACUGUCCAAGUGUUUUAUCCAAGCAAAGAUGGAACCAAGAUCCCAAUGUUCAUUGUUCAUAAGAAGGGUAUCGAGUUAGAUGGAAGCCACCCGCUUUACUUAUUUGGUUAUGGAGGGUUUAACAUAUCAGUCACGCCGUCCUUCAGUGUGUCAAGGAUCGUGUUUAUGAGACAUCUCGGAGGCAUCAUCGCCAUACCAAACCUGAGAGGUGGAGGUGAAUAUGGUGAAACUUGGCACCAAGCGGGCUGCUUUGGCAACAAACAGAAUGUAUUUGACGACUUUCAAUACGCCGCCAUUUACCUCACCCAACAGAAAUACACAUCGCCAGAAAAAAUAACCAUCGUCGGUGGAUCCAAUGGCGGCUUGUUGGUGGGCGCGUGCAUAAAUCAGAGACCAGAGUUGUUUGGUUGCGCUGUUUCACACGUUCCAGUUAUGGACAUGCUGAAGUUUCAUAAAUUUACCAUCGGCCAUGCAUGGACAACAGACUUUGGUUCACCCGAUAAGGAGGAGGAUUUCAAAUGGCUUAUCAAAUAUUCUCCUCUUCAUAACAUCAAGAUUCCCGAAAGUGGUGCCCAGUACCCUGCACUUCUACUGCUAACUGCUGACCAUGAUGAUCGUGUAGUCCCCUUACAUUCUCUAAAGUACAUCGCCCAAUUGCAACAUUGUGUUGGUAGUUACGAGAAGCAGUCAAAUCCUUUGCUGAUCAGAAUUGAUACAAAAGCUGGUCAUGGUUUUGGGAAACCCACAGCCAAGAUUAUUGAAGAAUGU